AAUGAAUGUUUCAGGAAGUGGGUCAAAGAAACAUUUUGCAGAUCAAGUUGAAGUUUGAGCACCCACCGGUAGCAGCACGCCUAGAUAUUAAUAUAUAUAUAUAAAAAAGUGAAUCAGGGGCGAUGUCGCUUAGCGACUAGUCUGAUAUGGCCAGCCUGACGAGAACAGGGGAAAUCGUCCAUCUGAACGUGGGAGGAAAAAGGUUCAGCACAUCAAGACAGACUCUGACAUGGGUGCCUGAUUCCUUUUUUUCAAGUCUUCUGAGUGGCCGAAUUUCAACCCUCAAAGAUGAAACUGGAGCAAUUUUUAUUGAUAGGGACCCAUGCCUCUUCGCCCCAAUUCUCAACUUCCUUCGCACCAAAGAACUACAUCCAGGGUCUAUCAACGUGCGCAUGUUGAUGCACGAGGCCGAGUUUUAUGGAAUCGCUCCUCUGGUUUGGAAGCUGCAGCUGUGCGAUGAGCUGGAUACGUCUUCCUGCGGGACGGUCCUAUUCAAUGGAUACCUGCCUUCCCCGGUGUACCCGGCCAAGAGGAGGAACAGGCAUAGUGUGGCGGGCCCACAGUUUGUCAGCGGGCGCCCAGGUCCCACGGAGAGGGUGCCAGUCAGGAGAAGCAACACCAUGCCACCCAAUCUGGGCAACGCAGGGAUUCUGGGAAAAAUGCUAGAGGAGAGGCCUCCUGGGCAGUCCGUCGAUCCUGGAAUGGUCCGCAUAGUGUGUGGCCAUCAUAACUGGAUUGCUGUAGCUUACGCCCAGUUUGUGGUUUGCUACAGGGUGAAGGAGUUCUCCGGGUGGCAGCAGGUGUUCACCAGCCCGCGGCUCGACUGGGUGAUCGAGAGGGUGGCCCUCAACGCCAGGGUGAUGGGCGGCUCCCUGGGCGACAACGACAAGAUGGUGGCCGUGGCGUCCUGCAACGAGAUCAUCCUGUGGGCCAUCCAACCGGAUGGCAAUGGCAGCGAGAUCGGUGUGUUCAGCCUGAACGUUCCUGUGGAGGCCCUCUUCUUCGUGGGGAACCAGCUGAUCGCCACCAGCCACACGGGGAAAGUGGGCGUGUGGAACGCGGUGACCAAACACUGGCAGAACCAAGACGUCGUUCCCAUUAAUAGCUAUGACACAGCUGGUUCUUUUCUCCUUUUGGGAUGCAAUAAUGGAUCGAUUUACUAUAUAGAUGUGCAGAAGUUUCCCCUGAGAAUGAAAGACAAUGACCUCCUGGUGACUGAGCUCUACCGUGACCCCUCAGAAGAUGCCAUUACUGCCCUCAGUGUCUACCUCACACCCAAAACAAGCGACAGUGGGAAUUGGAUCGAGAUAGCCUACGGAACCAGUUCGGGCAUGGUGAGGGUGAUUGUGCAGCACCCCGAGACUGUGGGCUCUGGACCUCAGCUCUUCCAGACCUUCUCCGUCCACCGCAGCCCGGUCACCAAGAUCAUGCUGUCUGAGAAACACCUGACCUCAGUGUGCGCCGACAAUAACCACGUUCGCACCUGGACGGUGACCCGUUUCCGAGGAAUGAUUUCCACGCAGCCCGGCUCCACGCCGCUCUCGUCCUUUAAGAUCCUGGCCCUGGAGGACAUCGACGGGCACGCGGGCUGCAGCGCGGGCACAGAUAUAGGGCCCUACGGGGAGCGAGACGACCAGCAGGUUUUCAUCCAGAGGGUGGUGCCGGACACUGACAAGGUCUACGCCCGGCUGUCUUCCAAUGGCAAAAGGGUCUGCGAGGUGCGCUCGGUGGACGGCACGGCCAUCACGGCCUUCGUGGUGCACGAGUGCGAGGGCUCCAGCCGCAUCGGCUCGCGGCCACGCCGCUACCUGUUCACCGGCCACGCCAACGGCAGCAUCCAGAUGUGGGACCUGACCACCGCCAUGGAGGUCGCCGGCCGGACCGACACCAAGGCUUCCGGUGGCCCCACGGAGGAGGAGCUCCUCCGGCUGCUGGACCAGUGUGACCUGGCGCUGACCCGCACGCCGGACAUAAGCCCCGCUGCCUCCUUCGCCCACACUGCCAACCCCCGCGCCUCCACCUGCAGCCUCCAGUCUCAGUCGAGCGACACUUCCCGGGAUCGGGGCGCAAGAGGCUUCGGCCCCCUCCUGGGCACGCUCCCGCGCCAGCCCCCUCCCGCGGCCCUGAGCAAGCCCCUGGGCGCCGGGGGGGCUGGGCUGGCCGUGCACCCCCAGGUAGCCAUCAGCCAGGCCUCCCUGAGCAGCGCAGGCAGCCCGCACAGCGCCGAGGCCCGCGCCAGGAGGCCGGAGAGGUGGGACCCCCUGCCGGCGCCCAGGCGGGGCAGCUUCGUGGAACGCUGCCAGGAGCGGGCCAAGAGCACCGAUUACGCCAACAUGGACGCCCGGAGGAGCCUGGCGGCCUCCAGCGAUCUGGAGGCCAGGCUGGCCACGAGGACCCCCCCCCUCUCCUCGGCCCCCCUACGGAAGACCCCCUCCCCGGCGGCCAGGGCUCCACCACCCACCGCCCCCCGCCAGCCGAAGGAGGCCGGAGAGGCUGCCGGCGCCUCGCCCAGCGCCGGGUCGCCCGCCACCUCGGCUGGGCCCAAGCCCAGGAUGAACGAGACCAGUUUUUAAGGGGCUUCUCCUGUCCUGCAGUUCAUGCUCCUGCAGCCGGCCGGAGAGAGUGCAGGAUUUCACCACAGCUGCCUGGCCUCGUUGGCAAGGUUCAGUUUUCCCUCUAGUGUGAAAACGAGAAUUUUAUUCCUCAUCUGUUCUUUUAAAGAUCUUAUAUACAAAUGUAUGCUGCACCAAAGCUCUUGACACUUCUCCAGUGUUUUGCAACCAGCAGAAGGGCUGAGGUUUUUUUUUUUUUGUUUGCGCAAAACUGGAGCAGGUUGUACUCUUCCAAGCAGCCCUGGCUCAGCUCCGGCUGCCCCCUUUAACAUUUGCUGCAAUUUGUUUUACUGUUACCUGUUAGGGGGACCUGAACGGUCUUCCCUUAAAAAGGGGGCCUUCGUGAAUCUCGAGUGCUGCAAAACACCUUUCGUUUGGGUGAAACACUUUUUAAUUUAAAAGACAAAAUCAGCGCCUAAAUCCUUCGCAGCCUGACGAAAGCAAUAGACACGCGUCAUGCUGCAGUGCACUUUUACUGUUCUGUUGGCCGUGACAGACCUUUCCUCUGGGGUUUUCCAGCACAUUGGUGGAAAAAUAAAUUCCAAACGCUUUUGAGAGUUUCACUGUACUUUUCUUGUUGUGGGUAAUACGUUGGCCCAGGCCAUCAUCAAAUGUUUU